AUGAGGAGGCUUAGAGUUCUGGUGUGGUCCUCUUUGUGGCGCUACGAGGACUCCUGCCUCAGGCCCUUUGCUCAAACUCUGCUGAGGUUCCUGGGCUUCGUCCUCUGGGGUGCUGCUGCAGCUCUGGCUCUUGGUGGAGUUUUUGUCAUCCUGCUGUAUGAGAACUACAGAUUUUUAUUUCAGGGGUCUUUCAUGUCUCUCCCUGGCUGGCUGGCUGCUGCAGGUGCACUCAUCUUGUUACCUACUGGAGUUUUGGCUAUCUCUGUUUCUACUAAGAAGUCCCGCUAUCAGCAAGGGACUCUAAUGUACUUGCUGCUGAUCCUUCUUUGUCUAGAAGUGUCUUCAGCUGUUAUGGCACGGUUCUACUCUAUUCGAAUGACUUCUGAGCUGAAAAACACUAUGGAUCACCUUGUCUAUCAGUACAAUAGGACACACUCUCAGGCUUCUGGCAGCAGGGCUGUGGAUGCAAUACAGAGGAAGCUGCACUGUUGUGCGAUCCAGAACUACACAGACUGGCUAAAUGUAACAACUGCUGCUUGGAAUAUUCCAGCUGAAAAAGGUCGAGUCCCUGAAAGCUGCUGUAAGGACAAGUACUCUCACUGCAGAGGUGACUUAGACCAUCUGGAGGAGAUUCAUCAGGAAGGCUGCCUAAAGAAGCUGGAAGGCCUGUUGAAUUUUGUCAUGGUUUAUGUGUUUUGGUGCUGUAUUGUGCUAAGUGUCUUAGAGCUGUUCGUUGGUGUCAGCAAUGGCAUCCUCAUGAGGCAUCAGUCUUUCCGUGACCUCCGAAUUCUGGACUCAUCUAGCUUCUCAUAG